CCAAACUUUAACAGGCUUUAUUGCCAUGCUUUAUUGUCAUUAUUCAACCAUUUCUGAGUUUUCUUUCCAGUAUGCUUCCCGCAGCUGCAGUUUUUCAUUUCCCCUGGGAGAUAAACAGUGGAGAAGUACAAGAAGGACUGUCAGUAAGAGUACUUGGCAGACUUGUCUGCUAUCAGCCUGAGGAGUCCAGAGCCACGCUGUCGGCUCAGCAUGCUUCAAAAGAGCAUCAAGUGGUCGUCCACACGUUGUUUGUUGAGCCUUUUAACCCAAUAAUUGGGGCCCAGUAUAUUGUUCUGGGUGAGAUUGAAAAUGCUGAGGGGGUUGGUGCGAUGGUCCGUGCCCGUGUGCUAAACUGCGUUGAUGGUGUAAACGUCGCCCUUCUACAGAAAGCCAUCAAUGAGCAAAGGGGCUUCUUCAGGGAGAGGGAGCACACACCGGGUGAUGCUGAACAAGCUGCACAUGCAACCUGAUCAGGGUCUCCUGAGUUUCUAAGGAUGCUCGUUGAGUAUCAGGACUACUGCUCUGCCUCUGAAGCUGUUUGCUAAGUAAACUUUUGGUUCACUGUAAAAGACUAUCUUUUCUCUCUCUGACCAUAACAGGUAGUUCAUUCUGGGGUUUGCUAAUUGAUUAUUAAGGCCCCAAUGAAUUUGAUUAGCAAGAUGGUUGGAUGGUUGGUCAAUGAAGAAAUAAAAGCAACUGUUUUAGAUCCAUUACUUAUGACAGGUGCAAUAACGUGUUGAGACAUCUGAUAUUAUUUUAAUGCUACCGUUUUAUAUGGUGGGACUGAGCACUUUUUUUUUACAUGCUUUGAAAAUUGUGUCAUGUAUGGGUCAUGUUAGUUAGACCAGGGGUUCCCAACCCCCGGGCCGCGGACCGGUACCGGGCCGCGGAGGUGUUACUGCCGGGCCGCGA